CCAAAAAAUAAUGGUGGAAAUCCACCCCCUACCCCACCCCCACCCCCUGCAUCUCUGUAUUCCCAAAAAAACAGAAAUUUCAAUUAACAGAAUCCACACUAUCCUCCAUGGAAUUGCCUUGCUCGCACUGUUCUAUUACAGGAUCACCACUCUUUCCCAAUUAAUCAUUUCUCCAACUCCCCACCUUCUCCCUUACCUUAUCAUCUUCGUCUCCGAGGUUGUCCUCUCCUUUCUAUGGCUCGUCCACCGCCCCUCCAAGUGGCGCCCCCUCACACGCGCCACCUACCCCGACAACUUGCCGAAAGACGACGCGGAACUCCCCCCUGUCGACAUCUUCGUCUGCACCGUCGAUCCCAGCAAGGAGCCCUCUUUAGAUGUCAUGAACACUGUUAUAUCAGCCAUGGCCCUCGAUUAUCCUCCCGACAAGAUUGCUGUCUAUCUUUCCGACGAUGGUGGCGCGCCGCUCACUCUUGCAGCUAUGAAGGAAGCCUGGAGAUUCUCCGUUGUCUGGAUUCCGUUUUGUAAGAAAUACCGGGUGAUAAAUAGGUGCCCCGAUGCUUAUUUCUCUGGCGCGGAUAAAAGUUCCGGGGAGGUGGCGAGUGACGAGUUUUUAGCUGAUAGGAAGGUGAUUGAGGACAAGUACGGCGAAUUCAAAGAAAGGCUUGACGCAAAUAAGGAAACUCUCGGCACUUCUGUUAGCGGAGAUCAUCCGCCGAUCGUUAAGAUUAUAAACGAUGCGACUGACAACAACAGCAGAAGCCCGGAUUCGAACCAAAAGGGAAUGCCUCUUCUCGUUUAUGUGGCCAGGGAGAAACGACCGUCGCAUCCUCAUCACUUCAAAGCCGGAGCCAUCAAUGUUCUUCUAAGAGUGUCUGGAGUGAUCAGCAAUGCGCCGUACUUCGUGGUGCUCGACUGCGACCACUACUGCAACGACACGAGCGCAGCCCGCCAAGCAAUGUGCUUCUUUUUCGACCCGGAGAUAUCCCCGAAGCUCGCUUGGGUUCAGUACCCGCAACAUUUUCAUAACAUAAGUCCGCACGAUAUCUACGACGGGAACCUAUUCUACUAUUGGAGAGAAUGGGAAGGCUUGGAUGGAAUUCGAGGUCCAACGAUAACAGGCUGCAACUUUUUCAUGAGACGGGAAGCGAUAUAUGGAAUCGACGAAGUUCCAAAGGAUGCUGAUCUGAGCCUGCUGAGGAAGUACUUCGGUUCGAGCCACGAGCUAAUCAAAUCGACGUAUAGAAGCUACAAACCGAGCAUAUCGAGAGAUGAAGGGAAGGUCUCCGAUGAGCUACAGAAGGAGAUACAACUCGUCGCAUCUUGUACUUACGACGAUGGCACUGAGUGGGGCAACGAGGUGGGAUCGGGAUACAACAGCGUCGUCGAAGAUGCGUUGAACAGCCUUAAACUGCACAGAAAGGGAUGGAUUUCGGUUUGGUACGAUCCGAAAAGGCCGUGCUUCUUGGGGACAUGCACCACGAAUCUGAACGACAUGUUGGUGCAGCAGACGCGAUGGGCGUUAGGACUGCUUCUGUUGGGCGUGUCGAGAAAUUCUCCAGCGAUAAACUUGUCAAGUAAAAUGCCGAUCUUUCAAAGCAUGAGCUACGCGGGCCUUACACUCGAUCCUCUUUACGUCAUUCCAUUUUAUGGCUUAGCAAUCGUCCCCCAACUAUGUCUUCUCCACGGUGUUUCUUUGUAUCCCAAGGUGGGAGAUCCAUUCUUCUUCGUCUUCGCAUUCAUCUUCAUCUCCUCGCAACUCAAGCACGUGCAAGAGGUCGUCUCCUACGGCAGCCCAUUCAUAACAGCGCUGUACGAUCUGCGCGUCUGGAUGAUGAAGUGCGGGGCGUGCUACUUAUAUGCGACUCUCAACGCUGUCCUAGAUCGGCUAGGCCUGCAAGAAGCAAAUUUUUCGAUAACAAGCAAAGUGAUUGAUGAAGAGGAAACGAAACGCUAUCAGGAUGGCGUAUACGAUUUCCGGACAUCCCCUCAGCUGUUGGCCCCAAUGUGUAGCCUAUACAUUGUCAAUCUGGUGGCUUUUCUGGUUGCCUCUGUAAGAAUUUUCGAAGGAGAGUGGGGCAGGGAGAUGUUUGCACAGGCUGCCAUUCCAUGGUUUGGUGUGACUGUGAAUUACCAUUUGCUCGAUGGAAUGCUAAUGAGGAAAGACAAGGGGAGGAUUUCGCCUGCUGUUACUAUGUUGUCCGUUGUAAUUUGCGCAAGCAUUCUGUUUCUGGGAUCGCUAUUCAUGUUUGUCUAAUUCCAUGAGCUUGUCCUAUAAAUGAAAAAUUCUUUCAGGAAGAAAAUCAAGUGUUACAAUAUAUUUAAAGAAUAUAUAUCAUAUUUAUAGUAUUUUCUUUAUUUAAAAUAUGUUUAAGACGAGAGUACGAGAUUUUAUUAU